CGAGACACCGUCCUCCGAGCCUCUAUGAUUGGAGCUAAGUUUAGCUGAAAUUUCGUAUUUUUCGUCUCUGUAGUUAUCAUCACGCGUUUUUUUCUCAAUCCAAUGACAGCAGGAACCACGACCCUUUCGUGAGCAACACUCUGAAAUUUACUUUUUAACAAGUGUAACUAUCGGAUAGCAGCAAAGCCAAAUAACGCUCAUCUUCUCGAUCAAACUUUUGCUUUUCGCUAAAUCCUCCUUUUCUACAACAUCUACUUCGCCGACUCGAGUUAGCAAUACGUAUAAAGAUAAACCUCCUUGCCUAACAUGCCGCCGGCCGCGAAGAAGAACGCAAUGAAGAAACAGUCGCCCGCCGCGAAGAAGAAAACCGCAAAGAAGUCCUCCGCGGCGGGGAACACCAAAGGGAAGAAGAACAACGCGAAUGCGAAGAAAAGCAAGAAGAACCGCAUCGAAGACCAUCUGAACCGCGUGGAGGCCGCGUUGAUUUUCGGUUACGGGUGCCCGCGACACCCGGUCCUGGAAAAAAUGCUGCGGCCCUGCCUUGCCGUCUGCGACUCCGGACGGCAGCCGCUGCAGAAAAAGGGCGUGGAGAUGCUCUCCGCGCAGGUGCAUCACAUCUCCAACGUGUUGACCAAAAAGUACCACGAAAAGCGGGACUUCAUCCACAACGCCCCCCUGAUUCAGGCGGACAUUGUGAAGACCGCGGACCACCUGGCGCAACAGUUGCACAACCUCAACGACCAGCACGACGGCUUGAAAGCCCGGCUCAACCAGGAGGAGAGCUUCGAGCAAGACGCGAAACAGGCCGUGCAGGACGCAAACAAGUUCCGGGAGGACGUGUAUUACAUACUUGCUCGCUGUUAUUGUUUUUUCGUAAACCUAAAUCCGCUCAUGAGUGAAGUGGAAAUUUUGAUUUUUGCCAAAUCGUUACACCGUGCGGUUUCAAUUGCCAAAGUUAUGACAUAAGACAGAGAAAUUCUGUAAGGAGAAUAUCAAGCUUGAAUGAAAGCGAUGUUUUUUUACACAAAAUACAAAACAGGUUCAACGCCACGCCGAUUCUGUCCAAGCAGCUGCAGCAAGUCCGCGAGGUGGAGAAGAACCAGUUUCAAAAGAUGCUGGACCACCCGCCGCAGGGCGCGAAAUUUCAAAAAGAGAUGAAGCAAAUCAGCAACCUGUUUGAGAAGGUCGUGGAGCUCGACGAGGCGGUGCUGGUCGCUCUGCCCGCCGCCCUGCAGAAGCUAUUGAGAGGAAAAAUCCCCCCUCCCCAUAUUGAAAAGGUAUGUUUUCGAAAAUUUGUGUUGCUGAUUUGUGACCACAAAUCAGGUUUGUCUUGCAAGAAGAAAAGUGCAGAGGCAUCCGCCCAAUUGUGGAAGCGAUUUGGCAUGCUGUUGGUCCUAGAGGGUAGCCGUUUGCAAUUCUGAACAACUAGACCUGAGCGCUCCAACCUAGGCUGCGGAUCUGGCCGCAGUGCCUUACCGCAAGACAAGUCGGAUUUGUGUACGCAAAUCAGCAUCAGAAAUGUCCAUUUUGAUAGGGAGAGGGGGGAUUUUUCAUUUUGAUAGAAGCUGCCGGCCAACCGGGGCCCCUUCGACGACAUGACGCUGCAGGAAACGAAGAAGCAGCUGCGAAAUUGGAUUCUGGACACGGAGUUCAAAAUUGGCAACCAGAGCAACCGGGAACUGGACGCGGACGCGAAGGUACUUGUUUUUACUGGUCUGAUGGGAGGAGCUGGAGCUGCUCUUUCUGGUUUUGGAUUUUUAAUUUUAGUAGAAUACUGGCUUCAUGAUCAUCGUCAAGAGAAUAAAGAAAAGUUUUGCUGGUGCAGCUGUUCUCAUACUUCAAAUACCACUAGAAUGAGGAGGGGGGACGCAUUCCGCGUGUUAUAGAUAUGAUAUCUCUGUGUUUGCACAUCAUCAUCAGGUGAAGCAUGCGGAGGACGAGCUACAGCAGUGCAAGGCGAACACGCAGACCGCCCGGGAGCUGCUCCAGACGGUGGACGACAAUUUGAAGCGCAACAAGGAAGAAACCAAGGAGAAUGAAAAGCGGCGAAAAACGCAUCCCAAGAACGUGGAGAGCGCGGAGAUCGAGCGGCAAGAGGCGGAGAAGGACGUGCACAAGUUCGCGGAUGUUUUAGCCAGCUUUGAAUUUCUCAAGAAUCGCGCCACGACGGACGGCUCGGAUGCGUUGAUGCUGGGCGACCGGGAGGGUUUGCUGGAACUGGAAGAUUCACCUAUGGGCGACGAGGACGACGACGACGACGAGGACGACGAGGAUGAGGACGACGAGCUGUAAGCAGUGUGGAGUUUCAUUUUGUGUAUCAUCGAGCAUACUCACAACUCUCACACAGAAAGCUUUUUUUUUUCCUAGUGAAGAAGUCCGAGUCUGCUCGAAGCCGCAAGCCAGAAGCCUUCGAACCCGCUCCGCGAACUCUUGGGAUAAAUUUUUUACCCAUGAUUUUUGCUUUACACCUUCCUUACCAUUGCCUACCCAAGAAUUCCAUUAUUCUACUCCACUUUUACAAGUACAAUAGAAAUGUCAGAACUUCCACGGAUAGAAGCAGCAUCUCUCGCCCUCGUGUGACUAGGUUUACCUCACCUCAAGACCCAACUAGAACUGUACACUACGUCGGUUCGUAUUCCCGAACCCUGACAAGACGCGAUACCCCACCCAAAUCUGGACAUGUAUUCCAAUAAAAUCUACUCGCAGUUCCCAACGACUUUCGACUUGCAGACGCAAGGCACAGGAAGUUCCAUCAGUUUUUCAAAAUAUGAUCACGUGAGGAGCCACAGCACCGGGUAACUGCAGGCGUAGCGAUUUUGAAGCUUUGUUCCCGCCAUUACUGAGGGCUUUGCGUAGUUCAUCUCGAAGGAGCGCGAUGGUGAGAGAUACAGAAGUAGUCACGUGUAGUAGUACAGCUUAAACACCAUGCAGGACUUCUUCUUGG